UGGGAGACUGGAUAUAAAGUGAAUGCAGGGUGUCCUAAGAGACCGGAUAGUGAAUGCAGAAAAUCCGGGGAGACUGGAUAAAAUACCCAACAGAGUGAGGAUGCAAGAAAGUCCGGGGAGACCAGAUAUAGUGAAUGCAGGGUCCGGGGAGACCAGAUAUAGUGAAUGCAGGGUCCGGGGACACUUAUUAACCAAUAUAAAUGCAGAGUCUAGUGGAAUAUCCCCAUAUAUGAAUACAGGGUCCCUGGGGUAUAGUGAUAAACACAAGUAAACCUCUUAAGCAGUGCAAAUACCAGAUAUAGUAAAUGCA